GGUCAUCACUAAAGCAGCUGUGUUUUCAUACAGCUUUUGGCUCAGGAGCAGUCAAGAUGGCAGCUGCAGGGCUUCAGAUUCUUGGUGUUCUUUUGGCAAGUAUUGGAUUCGUGGGCGACAUCAUCGUCUGCGCCCUGCCAAUGUGGAUGGUGUCUGCCUUCAUUGGUAACAACAUUGUGACGGCCCAAGUCUUCUGGGAGGGCCUCUGGAUGAACUGUGUGCAGCAGAGCACUGGUCAGAUGCAGUGCAAGGUCUACGACUCCAUGCUGGCACUGCCCCAAGACCUGCAGGCCGCCCGGGCUCUGGUGGUCAUCUCCAUCCUGAUUGCCUUUUUGGGAAUCCUGCUUGCCGUCAUUGGUGGAAAGUGCACCAACUGCAUUGAACAAGAAGAGUUCAAGAGCAAGAUAGCUAUCGCUGCAGGUGUGUUCUUCAUCGUUGCUGGCAUCCUGUGCAUCAUCCCUGUGUCGUGGUCUGCUCACGUGACCAUCAGGAACUUUUACAACCCAAUGCUGAUCGACGCACAGAGGAAGGAGCUGGGAGCAGCGCUGUUCAUCGGCUGGGGCUCAGCAGGACUCCUGAUCAUCGGUGGGGGUCUCCUUUGCUGUCAGUGUCGGCAGCAGAAGGACGGUGGGUACUCUGUUAAGUACUCUGCCCCCCGCUCAGCAGCUGCCAGCACUGGAGCCUAUGUUUGAAACUUGACUUUUUUUUUUUUUAAAUUUGUUUCUUUAGGAAACUCUGGAACUUGAGCCUUGAAUUUUAUCUUUACUGAUUUUUAAUAAAAUAUCUUUUACA